AUGCAUUCCAGCAUGAUUCGAACCGCCUUCGGAGCUGGUAUUUUCCUUGCUUCUCUUGUCACUGGCAACCCUCUUCAAUCGUUAGAAACACGCAUAAGUCAAAAAGGCUGCGGUACUCACGGGCCCAGAAACCGUGCCUGCUGGAAGGGGAAGUACAGCAUCGAUACUGACUAUGAAUACGUGACGCCGCCUACCGGGAAAACGAGAGUGUUUGAUCUUACAAUUACCAACCACACAGACUUCGCACCAGAUGGCGUCAGCAAACCAGCCAUGCUAAUCAACGGCCAAUUCCCAGGUCCGACGAUUGAGGCGGAUUGGGGCGACUUUGUGAAAAUCAAUGUCCACAACCAACUGACUGAUAACGGUACCUCUAUCCACUGGCAUGGCAUGCACCAGCGCAACACCAAUGAUCAGGACGGUGCCAACGGUAUUACUGAGUGUCCCAUUCCACCUGGACACAGCAAGACCUACUCCUAUCAGAUGAUUCAAUAUGGUACUUCCUGGUACCACAGCCACUUUUCCGCCCAAUACGGCAACGGCAUUGUGGGCGCCAUUCAGAUUAAUGGCCCGGCAUCCGCUAACUACGACAUUGACCUCGGCCCAUACAGUAUCAGCGACUGGUACUACGACACUGCCGACCGCCUUGAGCGCCGUGCUGAGCUUGUCGCCAAUGGACCUCCUCCGGACAGUGAUAACAUUCUCUUCAACGGAAAGAACGUCAACGUCCAGGGUGGCGGUCAGUACCAAAAGACGAAGCUUACUCCUGGCAAGAAGCAUCUUCUUAGGCUGAUCAACACCUCCGUCGACAACACCUUCACCGUCUCCCUGGUAGGCCACAGUUUCACCGUCAUUGCAACCGACCUUGUCCCCGUCAAGCCCGUAAAAAAGGACAGCCUCUUCAUGUCUGUCGGCCAGCGCUACGAUGUGAUCAUCGAAGCCGACCAGAAGGUCGGCAACUACUGGUUCAACGCAACCCUGGGCGGCGGCGGACUCUGCGGAAAGUCUAGAAACCCCUUCCCUGCCUCAAUCUUCACCUACAAGGGCGCACGCGACGCGCUCCCUUCUAACAAAGGCAUCCCACCGGCCGGGGCCAGCUGCGCCGACACCGUGGGAUUCACCCCCGUGCUGCCCCGAAACGCGCCUGCGUCUGAGUUCAACCCCAAUAAGCAAAUCCUCGACGUCUCCCUGGAUCAGCCUGUCAUCAACGGCGAGAAGGUCUUCCGCUGGAAGGUCAAUGGUUCCUCCAUUGAUGUGCACUGGGACAAGCCCACCCUCGAAUUCAUCGCCGAGGGCAACUACUCUUGGCCACACUACACCAACGUCAUUGACAUCCCCUCAGCUAACGUCUGGACUUGGUGGGUUAUCGAGAACACCGGCGCCCUUCCCCACCCUAUUCAUCUGCACGGCCAUGACUUUAUGUUGCUCGGCACGGGCAGUGGCACCUUUGCAAGCAGCCAAGGCGCGACCAACGGCACGGGUCCUUACUCUGCCACCUCUCACCAAGGCCUAAACUUCAAGAAUCCCAUCCGAAGAGAUGUUGCUCAGCUCCCAGGCGGUGGCUGGAUGGUGAUCGCGUUCAAAACAGACAACCCAGGCGCCUGGCUCAUGCAUUGCCACAUUGCCUGGCACGUUAGCAUGGGCCUCAGCGUGCAGUUCCUUGAGCGCAAGGAAGAGAUUGCCCGAACGCUGAAGCUACAAGACAUGCAACCCAACUGCGAGGCUUGGAGGAGAUACUACCCGACAGCGUACUACCCGAAGCACGACUCUGGGUUGUAA